AUGAGAAGAGCAUCAUUCACGGGUAUAUCAAGCGGUGGAGGUCCUAACGAACCUUUGAUCGUGGUAGAAGAAAGUGAUGGAAUUGCAGAAGAAGAAGAAGAUGAUUCGAAAUCCUCUCCACCGGAUACAUCAACAAUAAAUCAAUAUUUACUAACGCCAUGGCGAGACACGAGAAAAAGAUCAUUACCGACUCCAUCUUGUACUUCCGGUAUAACUGCAAGUCAGGUUCGAAGAUUAUCGGAAAGAGGAGGAGAAGGAUCUGGUCCGACUCCCAUAGAGCAAGCUUUUUUGGCAACGUUGUCACAGGCACCGACUCCUAUGCCAGGUACGAGAAGGCAUUCGGUUGUCACGAUAUCCAAAGCGCCUCAUUUGCCUUCACUGUUUGGCCGAAAUCGAAGAGAAUCAAUUGCUGCUUUUGGUUCGGGAUUACCAGGUUUACCACUUCGUCGGGAUUCUGUCAUAAGUCAAACCCGAGGAUCUUUAACGAGUAUAAAUAGUAGCGGAAGUUCAUUUAACCUUCAUUUAGAUAUAAUGGAUGACAUAACGGAAGCAAAAGCGAAAGCGAAAGAAAGGAGAAAAAUGAGUCGGACGCAAAGUAAAGAUUUCCAAGAGGAAAAUGAUUCGUCGGCCGACAUUUUGAAACCGACGACGUCAAAACCUUUAGAUGGUAAAAAAAAAGAUUUGGAUUUGUCAAAUUUGAUGAGAUCGGGUUCGACGAAACGAUCACCGGGUCCUGGAAUCGUUUGCACAAAUACGGAUUUAAUAUCGAUUAUGUCACCGUUGACGUCUUCUGCUCAAGAGAUAUGUGGAAUUGGUGAAAAAGAUGUUCCGACAUUGAUAACAAAUCCAAAUACAGGAUCGCCAACUACGCAACAAAAAACCAUAUUGGAUAAAAAAAGGAAAUUAUUUAAAGAUAGAUCGAAUAGUUUCGACGUGGGUUCGUCACCCGGUACCAUAUUGGGUCCGGCAAGUUGGUUUGUUAAAAGACAUCAACCCAUAGCGAAAAAAGGAGACGUGGAAAAAGAAAAAAGUCAAAUAUUAGUCACGUUCACCGAUGAAAAACAAAAAGUACACACGAGUUUGGUUAAUAAACAACCGGAAAGAACAAAAUCAUUUAAAUUAAACGAUAGUAAAAAAUCAUCAUCAUCAUCAUCGUCUACGACCACGUCGACAGGAAGUAGUAAUCAGGAUAGAGUAAAUCAAGUCGUUUGGGACAAUCGUAGUGGAUCCCUUGUAGAUCCACAUUUGAUAGGAAGUGCUAUUGAAGUUUUUUUAAAUAAGAAAACAAGUAAUAAUAACGAACAACCGACUUCGCCGAUAACAAAAUCUCCAGUACAAGUAAAAGAAACGAUAACUAAUCCCGCCACGACACCGCCAUCUAAAAGUUGGUUCAAUUCUGAUAAAGAAACUUCCGGUGGUGGUGAUGGCAGUGGUGCCAAUACAGAAUCCGCAACGGAAACUUGUGAUACAUCAAUUUGUUCGACGUUAAAAGAUUUAUUCGUUAAAUGA